GUGUACGUUAGUCUACCGCAGGGUGUCGAGCUGAGUGGAUGUGUUAAUUCACUCCAGUGGUAAUGUGGAUCGCCAAGUGAAACGAAAUGUGAACUUCGAAGACAAACUUGUGACUUGUGAAUAAAUUUCAAAGUUUAGUGAUUGAAUUUUAUGGUUCAAAUAAAUGUAUUUAAAGUUUAUAUAAGUUCGUGAACUUGUGGAUUAGGAAGAUAGAACUUUAUAAAAUUUAGUUUUAAAGUCUUAAGUGAAGUGAAGUGAUAAGUUAAAUUUAUUUUGCUGAGAGGUGUUUAUACUAUUUUGGAUUGUAGUCAGACAAUGCAUCGAAUCAACACGCUACUGAACAUUUCGUAUAACGAAUGGAUUCGUCAAGGCUAGUACGGCGAUGACGUGGCCAGUCGAAAUGCGAGCAGCUCGUCUCUUGGGCUACCGGCUCAAGAUUGGUCUGGUGGUUAUCAUCAUCAUGGUUCUUGGGUUCUUCAAUGAGAGUCAAGGUACCGCACAUUACGGCGAAGACAGCGUCGGCUCGUUUCCUUACUUCGAGUACAAUGUCCCCAGAAAUGUGACAACAGUGGUUGGACAGACUGCCUUCCUGCAUUGCAGGGUUGAACAGCUUGGUGACAAGGCGGUCUCGUGGAUAAGGAAAAGGGAUCUUCAUAUUUUGACAGCUGGAAUUUUAACUUAUACAUCGGAUCAAAGAUUUCAAGUUAUCAGACCAGACAAAUCAGAGAACUGGACGCUGCAAAUCAAAUUUCCACAAGAGCGAGACGCUGGUAUCUACGAAUGUCAAGUUAACACGGAGCCGAAGAUGUCUUUGGCGUUUCAACUAAAUGUUGUCGAAGCGAAAGCAAAAGUCCUUGGUCCAGCGGACUUGUACGUGAAGACAGGAAGUUUGCUGUCAUUGACCUGCAUCCUGAGUCAAGGUCCUCAUGAUCUGGGGACGAUAUUUUGGUAUAAGGGAUCAAAAUUAAUAGAAUAUAAGGAAGUAGAUGCGAAUGAAAUUGUGGAAGAGCCAAGAAUCAGGCUUAGAACAGAAUGGACGGAGCAGCUCACGUCUCGUCUGACGAUCGACAAACUUUUGCCGACUGACAGCGGGAACUACAGCUGCGUGCCAACAAUGGCUGAAGCUGCUUCUGUGAAUGUUCACGUUAUAAACGGUGAGCACCCAGCAGCAAUGCAACACGGAAACGCGAACACUGCGUCACCGUGUGCCCUAUCCGUUAACUUAGUAAUUUCAUUAUAUUGCACCCUCGCGACGAUUUACACCAGCACCGUUGACGGCUUCAGAUGAAAAUUACACAAAACUUAACAGAUUCGAUGCGAGCAAGUGUAAAUUAAAUAGAUAUAAUAUUGUAAAGACUUUUACAUUUUGUAUAGAAAUCGAGUAUUUUAAUUGGACCGUACUAAAA